AAAAUCGUCGAUAAACACUUCAUACAUAAAUAAACGAUUCUUCUCGCCCAUAACUGUCUGUAUUCUCGAAUUUCCAAACCAAUUCGAUUAGAGUACUCAAAGACUACAUCCAGACUCCACAAAAAUCAAUCAUCGAAAAUAAACACCAAAAUGGCUCGUUUGACAUCGUUAAUCCUCCUCACAAUCGCCUCUCUCGCAAUUGCUUCCCCUCUAAACCCCAUGUUGGACGAUAUGUCUCAAGACAAGAAACACAAACCCAAACCCAAACCCACCACGACUACCACCACCACCUCGCCCACUAUCGUCGCCAAAAAUAUCGACGGUUGCAAUGUCGAAGGCACGGCAGAAGCAGGGCUUACCUCAAGAAUCUUCAACACAUAUACUCUUGAAGAUAUUGUAACUUGUCAAAAACACUGUGGAGAAGUUACAGCUUGUAUAUCAUAUUCGUAUAAUGUGAAUACUACGGUCUGCACAGCGUAUAACGAGUUCAUGGAUAAUUUGGUUUUGAGUGAUACUAGCAGUAGGAUUUUCUUUUCGGAUAAAUAUCCAAGCGAUGGGACGAACUUUUGUUAUCAGUAUGCCUAAGGAGAGAUGUUUUGAGUGGAGAACUGAUCUUGUGGUAUAUGAGUACUGGUGUUUUAAGAAGACUUUUUCGAUUGCAUGCUGGAGAAAAAGGUCGGUUGGGCUCAGCAAGAAUCAUCGUUGGUUAAAGAUAUCAAUUGUUCACCAAAGUCCUCAAUGCUUCUAGUUCGGUUAAGAAAGGGGACUUAGCUAAGUUUAUGGUAUAAAUCAAGAUAUCUAA